AUGCCGACGACGUUGGUGACAGGAGCCACAAGCGGCCUCGGCCUCGCCGCUGCUCACCACCUCGCAGCCAAGGGCCACCACGUGCUGGUGCAUGGGCGCACGCCGGCCAAGGUGGACGCCGUUGUGCACGCGAUCGCGGCCAAGGGCGGCCACGCCGACGGCUACGUUGCGGACCUCUCGAGCAUGUCGGACGUGCGAAAGCUCGGCGAUAACGUUGCGAAAGGCCACCCAUCGCUGGACGGCCUGCUCAACAACGCCGGCUCAUUCGAUGGCGACUACACGGGCGAGCGAGUUGUGACGGCGGAGGGCAACGAGUACACUCUUGCCGUUAAUGUGCUGGCGCCGUUUCUUCUGACGGCACUGCUGCUGCCUUCGCUGCGGGCCUCCGGUCGCGCGCGUGUCGUCAUCAGCUCGUCGGUGAGCAUGGGCGCUGCGGAUGCGCUGGGCGACCUGCAGCUCAGGAGAGGCUACUCGGCGCACAGGGCCUACUCUCUCUCCAAACUGUGCGACGCGAUGCUGGUGGCGGAACUGCACGCGCGGUACGGUGGCGAGGCAGUCGCCUUCAACACGAUGGACCCGACAUCGCAGGUCGGGCUCGGUGCCGACACCAAGAUGCUUCGCGCGGGCUGGGGCAGCUGGGGCGGCUCGUGCGACGAAGCGACCAUAUCGAGCGAGAUGAUGGCGGACGAGGCGUGGGCAGGCCGGUCGGGCGAGGGGUUUGCGACUCGGAAGGAGGUUGCCGACUCGCUGCUGCGGAGGAGGCUGUGGGACGAGUGCGUCAGACUCACUGGCGCGAUCUACGAGUAGAGUUGCCCCGUAGCGCCGCCCCGCGCCCGUGUUCGAACUAUCGAACAAACGACAACGGUUCCCUCCACAGUACGGGAACUUUGCAGUACACCCCACUCGCACUUGUGACGCCUUAGUGCCCCGCCACUUCGCGUUUCUCGGAUCUCCAAAAGACAAACAGUCAAGGUGAC